AUGGUGGCCGGGGAGGUUUCAAUCCCGGUCGCGGUGGCUUUCAGGCUGGCCGGGGCGGGACAGGUCAAGGACGCGGCGGAUAUGCCAAUGGUCGUGGUGGCUUCGCGGCUCGGGGUCGGUACAACUACGGCGGAGUCCGUGGAGGUCAUGACUAUGGAGCAGGGCGAGGGUACCAAGGCAACAAUGCCGGCGGCCGUGGUGGUCGCGGAUACGGACCUGACCGUAACUUCUUCCAGGAGAGGUAACAAUUUCAACAAUAAUAAUAGAUUUUCUUACGGAGGUAAUCAACAGAGGUGGAACUCUGGGCGAGGAGGGGGUUUUGUGAACCGACCUCAUGCCGGUGGAACUGAAUCAAAUGCGAGGCCAGGUUUUGAUGCUGAACUAUUGCAGCAGACGGUACAGGCGGUGGUAGCGGCGGUCACAGCAGCUACUAAGGCUAAUGAAACACCAUCUGUGAGGGCUGACCAAGUGGCAGAUUUGGAUACGGGGAAGGAUCAGCAGGGAGGACUGCCGGUUGCGGCACCCAAGGCUGUUCCUCAGCCGAUUGUGUCUGGUCAAGAAGUUCAGGGUGUUCAAGAUGGUGGUGCAAAGGGAAAGGAGACCGAGGUCCAGGGUCCUCCGAAGAAGAAGAAGGAGGAUAAGACGGGCUGUUUUCGCUGUAAGCAACCUGGACAUUAUAUUGAUGAUUGUCCUUUGCCUUUCUGUGAUAUUUGUGAGUCCGUUCACCAUGCCACCACAGCUUGUCAUCUUCUGAAUGCUCCAAAACCCUCAGCUAUUCUCCAUGGAUAUGCAAAUGAAGCUCUUAUGUUUUUUGAACUUUCAUGUGGUGCCUUCAAAGCCAAAGCCGAGAAUCCUAAGCUGGCCAAAGUCACUGUAGAUGGAGAGGCUAUGACGAUACCACAGUUGAUUGAGCAGCUUAAGAAAAUUGUACCUGCUGAGAAGUUCAAUUGGGAAGUGUUCCACUUCAAAGAUAAUAUCUACAGAGUUAAAUUACCAAGCAAACUUGAAGUUCAGAGGUUGAAAAAUUUUGGCACUUAUAUAUGCACCGACAGGGAAUCUCACUUGACCUUUGAUCUCUGGUCAUCUUUGGAGGAGCCAUUGUAUAUGCUACCAGAGGUUUGGGUUCGUGUUUUAGGUUUGCCAUCUGAUAUUAUUACAGAUUAUCUUUCUUUAUGGAGCGUUGGAACUUUGUUUGGAAAGACUCUGGAUGUAGAUAUGGCAUAUACUCGGAAGAAUAGAGUACUUAGGAUCAAGAUUGGUUGUUUGGAUAAGAGACUUAUUCCAGAGGACUGUGAUAUGUUUAUUAGAAGGGGUUUCUUCAAACUUCGUUUUGAGGUGGAAGCAGCAAAUCAGUCACAAGAAGUGAACAUGAUAGAUGCACAUGAUGAAAAUGGUGGAAAUGAUGAUGCACACAAUGGUGGAAAUGAUGAUACUCAAAAUGGUAAAGGGAAAGAUAGUGGAGGACAUGUUAGGGACAUGGAGACCAAAGGAAAUGAUUUGAAUAGUCAAUCCAACAAUAAUGAGCAAGAGGAAUCCAAUUUAAAUAAUGAUAUUAUGCAAGAGCAACUAGUUUCUUCUACAGCUGUUCAGAUUGGGUCUUUGAGUGUCACACUUUCACCUUCAGGUUCUAUUUCUUGUGCAAAAAAUCUGAACAAAAAUGAGCUUAAUUUGGAGCUCUUAUCUCAUGUUGUUUUUUUGCCACUAAAUGACGAAUCUGGCACGUUUUCUGUUGCAGCUUCGAAAUCCAGAGGAUCGGCCUUGGGAUCGGUGCUGUGCAGGGCUGGGGAUCCGUGCAUUGGGCAGCAGGCUGCAGUUGUGCCGCCACUGUCAAAUGCAGCUGCCUCGGUUCCCGUCACUGAUCCACCUCUGGCCAAUGAAAAGCCUCAUGCGGCCCACCUGGUGCAGCAGCAGAGACCUGGGACGGAUGGCGUGUUGACGCCUGUGUCCUCGUCGCCCGCGCGGGACGGUGGGAGCCAUCCGCUGAUCGCCACUUGCGACAACGCCGUUGGGAAGAGGAUCAGCAGCGGGAUGCCACUGCAUGCUGCUGUCGAGCCUGUCGGCCACACAGCAGGCGGGGCGGGAUCUUCUGCGGUCACUCAGGCGCCGUUACUGCGGAACAGUACAGGAUCGCCACAGACGAUCCGGCCGAUCCUGCUUGGAAGCCAGGGGCUGCCCAUGGCUGACGCAGCCAAUCAUGAGGCAAUGAUUCGUACUGAGGUGCAAUCAUUGGUUCCUGAUGAAGGAUCUUCUAUGGCUGCUGGAGUUGUAGCAAAUGGUAUGGAACAAAAUUCAGAUUUUAGUUUAUCUUCUAUUAUGAUUUCAGAUGAAUUGUGUAGAGAUUAUUCUAAUUCUGUUCAUGAGUUUGACAAGGGAACUUUGUAUGACUCAGGGAUAGCUCGGAAUAAGGAUAACAUGAUGGAUGUUUCAGGGGUGCAUGCAAAUCAGAGACCGGAUUAUUGUCUUAAGGGAACAAUGGGGGUUGCCUCAUCUUCUCAGACUAAUGGUAAGGUUUUUGAUGCAAAAUCAGUUUCUCCUCAAUGUUCAAAUAAUCCUUGUUCAUUGUCGUCCAUUGAGAGUGACAAUAUGUCCCAAUGUCCUUCGACAGAAGAGGUUAUUGCUUUUGGGGGAAUUCCGAAGCCUACUCUUGGAGUAAGAUCGAGUACUAGGCUGGGUGGCCAGCCUAAUGCUGAUAUGUCUCAAAUGGAGAGGGCAAUGAAGAAUGCGCAGCUGCGUGAUGAGUCUUUUAGUCCAGAAAUUGCUCUAUCUGGGAGACAAUUUACUUGGGCAAGUAGGAGAGAAGAACCGACAUAUGAAAAACUUGAUAGAGUGCUGGCUUCAGUUGCAUGGGAACAAAAAUUUCCAUUGGUAACUGUAAGAGCUUUAUCUAGAGCUGAUUCUGAUCACACCCCAAUACUUAUUGAUUCGGGGGUGAAAGCUCAUCUGGGCAAUCAAGCAAAAUUUUCCUUUGAGUUGCAUUGGUUGCGACAAGAAGGUUUUUUUGAUAUGAUAGCAAAGGAGUGGAAUUCAGUUGUAGGUGGAGCGGAUCCAAUGGAGGUUUGGUUGAAUAAGUCAAGACAUACUAGAAGAUUUCUCAAGGGGUGGGCAAAGAAUCAAAGUGGAAAAUAUAAGCAUGAAAAGAUGAGAUUGUUAAAUAUCAUUGAUCAUCUUGAUAUGAAGGCGGAAACAAACCCAUUAACUACAAAUGAAAGAGAUGAAUUAAAAAAGGCAAAUGAUAGUUUGAACAAAUUAAGAAGAGAUGAGGAGUCUAAAUGGGCACAAAGAGCCAAAGUUAAGCAUAUUCAGGAAGGGGGUAAUAAUACGAGGUAUUUUCAUUUGAUAGCAAAUGGUAAACACCGUAAAAAGAAAAUUUUCCAAUUAGAGCAACAAGAGGGAACUAUUGUCGGGGAAGAUAAUUUGAAGGUCUAUAUUACUGAGUUUUAUAAGAAAUUGUUUGGGGCACCGGCACCAACCAAUAUUUCUUUAAAUGAAGAGGAGAUCCAGGAUAUUACACAAAUUUCAUUAGUUGAGAAUAAUAUCUUGACAGCCCCUUUUACAGAAGAGGAGGUUUUUGAGGCGAUUUCUCAGAUGGAACUGAAUAAAGCUCCUGGACCAGAUGGUUUCCCAGCUGAGUUUUAUCAAAAAUUUUGGGAAGUAAUAAAAUAUGAUCUCAUGGCCUUGUUUUCUCAGUUUACCAAAGGGGAUUUGCCUCUUUAUAAACUAAAUUUUGGCAUCAUCACUUUAUUACCAAAGAAAGAGGACGCGGUCCAAAUUCAACAAUAUAGACCGAUUUGUUUGCUAAAUGUAUGUUUUAAGAUUUUCACUAAAGUUGGUACUAAUCGCAUAUCGGGGAUUGCCCCAAAGGUUAUAAAGCCAACUCAAUCAGCAUUUAUGCCAGGUAGAAAUAUCUUGGAAGGGGUAGUUAUUCUACACGAAACAAUUCAUGAAUUACAUACGAAGAAAAUGGACGGGGUAUUAUUUAAGAUCGACUUUGAGAAAGCUUAUGAUAAGGUGAAAUGGCCUUUUUUACAACAAACUUUGCGCAUGAAGGGCUUUGCCCCGGAAUGGGGGAGAUUAGUGCAACAGUUUGUUCAAGGGGGUAGUGUUGGGGUGAAGGUAAAUGAUGAUAUUGGUCAUUAUUUCCAGACAAAAAAAGGACUUAGGCAAGGGGAUCCGCUAUCUCCAAUGCUUUUUAAUAUUGUAGUGGAUAUGCUUGCCAUUCUGAUUGAACGAGCAAAACUGGAUGGUCAAGUUGGAGGAUUAAUCCCACAUUUAGUUGAGGGAGGACUCUCUAUACUACAAUAUGCGGAUGAUACUAUCCUUUUUUUGGAACAUGACCUCGACAAAGCAGUUAAUAUGAAACUAAUUUUAUGUCUCUUUGAAGAGUUAUCGGGGCUUAAGAUUAACUUUCACAAAAGUGAGAUUUUUUGUUUUGGAAAGGCAAAGGAGGAGGAGGACCAAUAUAAGCAGAUCUUUGGAUGUGAUGCUGGUCAACUCCCCUUUAGAUACUUGGGUAUUCCAAUUCAUUACAAAAAACUCAGGAAUUCGGACUGGUAUCCGGUAGAAACACGGUUUGAAAGUAAAUUAGGAUGCUGGAAAGGAAAGUUGCUAUCCUAUGGUGAUAGGUUAGUCCUUAUCAAUUCAGUAUUAACUAGCUUACCGAUGUUUAUGUUGUCUUUCCUGCAUAUACCUGUUGGGGUAAGGAAACGACUGGAUUUCUAUAGAUCUAGAUUCUUUUGGCAGUCCGAUGAAAAUAAAAUAAAGUACCGCCUUACAAAGUGGAACAUUGUUUGUCGACCCAAAGAUCAAGGGGGCUUAGGUAUUGAGGUUCUCGAAAUCAAAAACAGAUGCUUAUUGAGCAAGUGGCUCUUUAAAAUUCUGAAUGAAGACGGGGUGUGGCAAGAGUUGCUACGCAAUAAAUACCUAAGACUGAAGACUUUAUCAGAGGUGCAAGCCAGACCUACUGAUUCCCCUUUUUGGAAAGGAUUGAUGGAGGUCAAACAGGAGUUUUUUUCUAGAGGUCUUUUCAAAGUGGGUAAUGGGAGGAACACCCGCUUUUGGGAAGAUAUCUGGUUAGGAAAUACUUCUUUGGCUCAGCAGUAUCCGUCAUUAUAUAAUAUUGUACACCAUAAGAACGUCACUGUCGCUCAGGUGUUAGCACAAUCACCUUUGAAUAUUACAUUCCGGAGGGUGUUGAGUGGCAACAAAUGGACUUUAUGGUUACAGUUAUGUAGGAAACUUAUGAUGGUUAAUUUGAAUGAAGAGGAGGAUCGUUUUGUUUGGAGGUUGACAAUUAAUGGUUCUUUUACAGUGAAGUCGAUGUAUGAAGAUAUUAUGUGUGACCAUACCCCAUUUCUAAGAAAAUAUCUAUGGAAGGUUAAAGUUCCACUUAAAAUUAAGAUAUUCAUGUGGUUUUUAAGUAAUAAAGUUUUGUUAACUAAGGAUAAUUUAGCUAAACGGCAUUGGAAUGGUUGUACAAAAUGUGUUUUCUGUGGAGAACAGGAGACCAUACAACACCUUUUCAUUGACUGCCCUCUAGCUAAGCUCUUAUGGCGCACGGUUAAUUUCACUUAUGAUCUUCCACCUCCCACCAAUAUUACUAAUUUGUUUGGUAAUUGGUUAAAUGGAGUAGAUAGACAAUCUAAAGCUUUUAUCCGGAUUGGGGUUUCUGCUUUAUGUUGGUCUAUUUGGAGGGUCAGAAAUGAUAUAAUUUUUAACAAAAAAUCCUCUUUUCAUUUCUUGCAGGUUAUUCAUAUGGUCUCCCAUUGGGUCCAGCUUUGGGCCCUACUCUCUCCGGAGGGGCAGCGGGAUGUCAUGGCUUCUGGAUGCACACGGCUCCUGAUGGUCGCUCAGGAUAUCUUGUGCCAGGCUGGUUGGCGACAUACUAGUAGACUAUGUUGAGAUAUAGUCAUAGUAUAUGUUGUUUUCGAUGGUUGAUUCUUGUAUCAAUCCUCGAUGAUGCGUGAGUUGUAAACCUUACUUUGUGGAACCUUUUUUUAAUAAAUGGCCGUGUGCAUCAUCAUGAUGCAGAAGCCGGGG